AUGAGCGAUUACAAGAAAGAAUUUACUGGGGGCACUUUGAGACUGAAGAAAGGCGGAAAAAUUUUUAAGAAGAAAGCAUAUCUUUUUUACGUAUGGCUUAUAUUAUUGAAUUCUUAUGCUCCUAUUUCGUUACAGAAGAAAGAAAACAUCGAUUUACGGAAGAUUGACUUAACAAUUCAGCGUGAAGGAGAUUCGAAUUCAGCUUAUAAAACACCAGCCGAAAUUGCGUUUGAAAAGAGGAGGCUGCAGAAUCAACACCAAAGAUUAGCCAAAGAAGCAGCAGUGAGUCAUCGGGAGAAAGUUGAACGGUUUAAUGCGCAAAUGAGUAAAUUGACAGAAUUUAACGAUAUUCCGAAAGUUUCAUGGACAAAAUAGCU